GAGGACAUUGAAGACGAGAAGUGGGACACUUCCAUGGUCGCAGAAUACGGAGAUGAGAUCUUCGAGUACAUGCGCGAAGUGGAAGCACGCAUGCGCCCAAAUCCGCAUUACAUGAACGAGCAGACGGAGAUCCAAUGGUCGAUGCGCGGAGUUCUCAUGGACUGGGUCGUACAGGUUCACCAGCGCUUCAACCUCUUGCCUGAGACGCUCUUCCUCACCGUCAACUACAUUGACAGAUUCCUCUCGGUCAAGAUUGUUUCACUUGGAAAGCUGCAGCUGGUCGGUGCCACAGCCAUCUUUCUCGCCGCCAAGUACGAAGAAGUCAACUGCCCUACAAUUCAGGAGAUCAUCUACAUGGUCGACAACGGCUACAGUGCAGAAGAGCUGAUCAAGGCUGAGCGCUUCAUGCUCAGCAUGCUGCAAUUCGAACUGGGCUGGCCAGGUCCAAUGAGCUUUCUACGACGCAUCAGCAAAGCUGACGACUAUGAUCUUGAAACGAGAACGCUUUCAAAGUACUUUCUCGAGGUCACGAUCAUGGAUGAGCGGUUUGUCGGCGUCAAGCCGAGCUUCCUCGCGGCAGGCGCCCACUGCAUGGCCCGCAUCAUGUUACGGAAAGGUCCCUGGACUCAGGCGCAUGUCUACUACUCUGGCUAUACCUUCUUCCAGCUUCAGCGCACCCUCAAAGCGAUUCACAGGUGCUGCAUGAACCCCCAGGUCCACCACGGUGCCGUGUUUGAGAAGUACGAUGACAAGCGUUACCGACGAGCCUCGUAUUUCGUCCAAGCGGAGAUGGAG